AUGUUCGUUUCACUUCCUCCAAUUUCAUCCGUAACCAAACUUACCCCAUUCGUCACUCGGAUCCUGGGACAUAAUCCUGGUCCACACACUUUGCAGGGAACUAACUCGUACGUGGUCGGUGCGUCAAGCUUAAGUCGCGUGCUAAUCGAUACAACUAGCAAAGGAAGAGGGCUUCAAAACUAUUUGGAUAGCUUGAAGACGGAGCUGGAACUGUGUACUACUGCAACACCUCUUUCGGCAGUACUGCUGACGCACUGGCAUCCAGACCACACAGAGGGUGUCGGCGCUGUAUUGGACCUCGUCCACGAAAUAGCCAGACGUAACACAGGCAUCACAAAACCUAUACCCGUCUAUAAAUUUCCCGGGGGACCGAACUUGAAGAAGCUCAAUUUCUAUCAAGGAGAUAUCUGUGAUUUAGAAGCGGAUCAGUGCAUACCUGUUCCAGUGAGUGAUUCGAAUGCCGUCCACAUCCGUGUGAUUCCGUGUCCGGGACACUCUGUUGAUCAUGUUUGCUUUGCACUUGAGCGGAACGGCAGUCCUGUUUGUCUGUUCACUGGAGACACGAUUCUAGGCCAUGGGAGUACAACAGUGCAAGAUUUGCCAGCGUACAUGAAUUCACUUUGUGUGUUGCGUGCUCUGGUGGAAAGAACAAUGGGUCAGUCCGAAGAACCUCUCCUACUCUUACCUUCCCACGGUGUCGAGUCAAAUGAUGCGUUGGGCAAGGUUGACGAAUACAUCGUCAACCGGCAGUCUCGCAUUAAUAAGACGAUGGAAUUCCUGCAGAGUCAACCACUUGAUCGUUGGUUCAACGAAUCGGAUGUAAUGCAGUAUGUCUAUCCGGAAGUCCCAGAAUCAUUGAAAUUAGAUGCCAUGCUCAAUUUACGUCACAGUCUAUUCUGGAUUGCUUCUGGAAGGGGACAAAACGAUCAACCGUUUAGCCUGUGCGCUGUCGCUUCUGUUGGACACACCCGUCGUGAGGUGACGGCUGAGUGCUAUUCAACCUUGCUUGCAUCUGCCGAAAGGCGUAUCUUGGUUUCACAGUCUCCACCCGUAGCAAGUGACUGGUAUGAUGUCUUGUGUGCGAAAUGGGAUUGGAAACGAUCAUCAACAUGAUAUUGACUAUUCUCUUCAUCUUUAACAGGAACGAUUUGUACAAUAAUUUUGGGAGUUGGUCAUCGAAGCUUUUAGCUCCGGUGAAUUUGUGAAAAUGUUUGUAUGUUUUCUGAUUUUGAAGCCGUUUCUCUGAUUUUUAAGAAAUUACGAGAUCAGCGUAAACAAACUGUGC